CUAUCCUAAAAAUAACUCCAGUCCUGGAAAACUGAACUUCCAUUGCAAUGGCCACCUCUCCACCCAUAAUAACCCGACAGAUUGUUCGGUCCGAACUACAGGAAUACAGACAGGCUUCACAUGAUCUCUGUUUAUCUGAUGCGAUUGACUGUCUGAUGUAUGAUCGACAUGGCGUUAAGACAACUUUCCAGAGUUUGUUUCAGCACAGAAAAGCAAUAAUCGUUUUCCUGAGGAAUUUCUUGUGCUUCACAUGCAAAGAAUAUGUAGAAGACUUGGGUAAAAUACCUCGGGAUAUGCUGCAGGAAUCCAAUGUGAGAUUGGUAGUGAUUGGCCAGUCAUUGUAUUCUCACAUUGAAGGAUUCUGCUCUCUGACUGGCUAUCCUCAUGAAAUAUAUGUUGAUCCAGAGAGACACAUUUACAAAAAACUUGGCAUGAGAAGAGGAGAGACGUACAUGGAGAACUCUUCCAAAAGUCCACACGUGAAAUCCAGUUUGUUAGUGGGCAGUCUGAAAAGCAUGUGGCGUGCCAUGACCAGCCCCCUGUUCGACUUUCAAGGAGAUCCACAGCAGCAAGGUGGAGCCAUUAUUGUUGGCCCAGGUCCGAAGGUUCAUUUUGUCCAUUUUGACAUGAAUCGUUUCGACCACAUGCCAAUCAACUGGUUGCUUCAGCUAGCAGGUCUUCAAACACUGGACUUCAGUGAUUCUCCUAAAAUCAUUGACAUCUGAUUCAAUAUGACUGAUUCUGUGUUUGCACCAAUUUAAGUUAUGUGUUUAAACUGUAGAUUUGCUUAAUGUAAUUGUGUAUAUUUUGCUUUUUGCGUGAAACAAGCCAUUUCACUGUACCUUACUGUAUUACUGUUCUACAUUACAACCAAAGACUGUUUUACAUCAUGCAAUGAAUUUCAAACCAGCAGCAGAUGUGGCUAUUAAAUUGGCACGUG